UAUUUCUUCCAUUUAAAGCUUCUUGUACUUUUCUUCACAUUAAAUUGGGGGAGAGGAGAGAGAUAGACCGAUCGCUCUUCGAAUCAAUUUUCCUCUUUUUUUUCAAUUUAAUUUUACUGAUGCACUGCAGUUGAAAAUACUGGCAUUUAUACUUAACUAGCUUCUAUCGAAGAUCGAGAUCGACCGCUAUAAAGAUCUGCGGGAUCUGGCUUGCUGACCUCUUUUCUCCUCUUCAAGAGCGAGGGAAAUGGGAAGAGCUCCUUGCUGCGCGAAGCAAGGGCUGAAGAAGGGGCCCUGGACGCCGGAGGAAGAUAAGAUCCUAGUCGAUUACAUCCAAUCCAAUGGCCAUGGUAGCUGGUGCUCACUUCCUAAGCUCGCAGGGUUGCUGCGGUGCGGGAAAAGCUGUAGGCUUCGGUGGACCAAUUAUUUGAGGCCUGACAUCAAGCGCGGGCCGUUCACACAAGAAGAACAGAAGUCCAUCAUCCAGUUGCACGGGAUCGUCGGAAAUAACAGAUGGUCCACCAUAGCUGCGCAGCUCCCAGGCAGGACUGAUAACGAGAUAAAAAAUUACUGGAACACACACCUGAAGAAACGCCUUCUCCGAAUGGGCAUUAAUCCUGAUACAUACGCACCCGCCUCUCCUUCAUCAUCCGCCGCCGCCGCCAGCGCUAGUUUCCCGGCCACCCGCCACAUGGCGCAGUGGGAAAGUGCCCGCCUUGAAGCCGAAGCCCGCCUCUCCCGGGAAUCCAUCCUCUUCUCCUCCACAUCCUCUGCCCCCGCCGACUCCGAACCCGCAGACGACUCUCUCACCGCCGGCAAGCCUGAAACAGACUUCUUCCUCCGCAUUUGGAACUCCGAGGUUGGCGACGCCUUUAGAAAGCCAUUACCUACUCUCCAUUCGGCUGCCGAGCAGGUUGUGGAUGAUGCGACGGCGCCAACAGCGGAGAGCAAGUGCUGCGCAUCGGCGGGAGUGGAGGUUCCUUCAGGGCAUGAUUCAUCUAGCUCCAAUGAAGUCGAUGAGACGUCGGACGAGACUUACCAGCUUUAUCUCAACCUCGCUGGCGACGAACUGGGACUUUUCCACGGCCAAAUGGGUAGCUUCUCUCUCUUUUCAACUGAUCUCAACGAUGUCGUCUUUCUCGACACUGCGUUCAAAUGA